AUGUCGCCCCUGGAGAAACUGCUGCUCGGCCUGGCAUACGGGGGAUGGGCCGUCGAGGCACUGAACCCGGGCUGCGCGCCUGGCGGCAACUUCGACAUGCGGUACUGGAACCUCCAGCUUCCCAUCGGCACCACGGGUAGCCCGACCACUAUCUCCAGCGGCAGCUUGCAGGGCUGCGGCGGCUACCAGAACUCCGACUACUUCUUCACCGAGAGCUCGGAUGGCGCCCUCGUCAUGAAAGUGCCCGGCUCUCCACAGUCAGCCGGCUGCGUGACGACGCCGCACAGCCUGCAUUGCCGGACCGAGCUUCGCGAGGUCGAGCCCGACACGGGGCGCACUGCUUCUUGGGAUCCCAACCAGCCCGUCAACCGGCUGUUUGCGCGCCUCACCUGCCCGCAGCCCGGCGACGGCACAGGCACCGUGAUCGGACAGAUUCACAUUGACGAUGCUAUCUCGUCCAAGCCCGUGGCCGAGCUGUACUACAACGCCAACGGUCACCUGAGUCUCGGCGUGGAGCAGACCCGUGCAGGUGGCAAUCAGCUCACCUCCCCGGCGGGCCACAUCCCCGUUGGCCAAACGUUUACCUACGAGAUCCGCUACGAGAGCAAUGUGCUCUCCGUGGUCAUCAACGGGGGCAGCCCGCAGGUCUUCUCCACAUACCAGCUGGACGCGCCGAGGAGCUAUUUCAAGGCCGGCAACUACCUCCAAGGCUCGACUCCCUCCGACGUCCACUUCUUCGAAAUCCAGGUGACACAC